AUGAAGACUCAAGAUGCGGACGCCUUUGGGGUCUGUCCCAUUACUAAUGAGCCCUUUGUUGACCCUGUUGUGGACCACGAAGGUAACACAUACGAAAAGAAAGCCAUUGAAGAAUGGCUGGAACAAAACUCCACCUCGCCCAUCACCCGCAACCCAUUGACUUUGGAUCAACUCUUUCCCAAUCGUGCACUCAAGAAUCUGAUUGCCGAGUCUCAAGAAGAGGAAGGAUCUGUCAAGAGUGCCAACACUUCGCCGACUGUGUCUGAUGACGAAGCUGACUUUGAAAACCAAGAAGCCUUGAUGGAACUUGCAAAGACAGCUCGAGUCCAAAGCAUUAUCUCUGGACCAGACGGGUUGGGCGCAGUAAAGAUCGUAGUUCCAGAUGACAAGUCGGAGCGUCGCUUGCCAGCUUCCAUUAUAUGCGUCAUCGACGAGAGCUAUAGUAUGGACGAUGCAGCCACUACUCAAGAAGAUCAAGAGGGGAACUCGGGAUUAAGUUUGAUGGACAUUGUGAAGCACGCCACCAAGACCGUGAUUGAAAUUCUAGGUCCCGAAGAUUGCCUCGCCAUUAUAACCUAUGCAAAUAAAGCUACAUUGCGAUUGCCCUUUCUCAAGAUGACCCGCGCCAAUAAAAACAUGGCGACUAGGGUCGUCAAUGAAUUCAGGACUAGGGGAAGCACAAAUUUGUGGGACGGUCUCUUACAAGCAAUGGAACUAGCCAACAAGAUGACUCAGACCACUGAUGUCUUUCUACUGACGGAUGGUGUUCCCAACAUUCAUCCACCUCGAGGCGAGCUUGAGACCUUCACCCGCUACAAGACAAAGACUCCAAAAUGCAACUACCGAAUCUCUACUUUUGGUUUUGGAUACUGUCUGGACAGCAAGCUAUUGAAUGACCUUGCGAUUGAAGGAGAUGGGCAAUUCUUUUUUAUUCCUGAUUCAUCCUUUGUUGGCACUGUUUUCAUUAAUGCCACUUCCUUUGUGGUGAGUACUGCUCUGGGGAAAAGCACACUGGUCUUCGAAGAGAACGGGGUAGCAAGAAUCCAUAUGAACAAAGACGAUGAGACAACGCCACCUCAGCAGCAAGCAAAAUCUCUACCAAGUUUGUCGUUUGGGCAUACUUUGGACCUAAUCGUUAAGAAAGAGGACCAUGGGGCGGACAUCAGCUGGGACGCUCCAGCGAGUUCACUUGACUGGGAAGUACCCAGGCUUCGGCAUGCCAUGGUGGAAUUAAUUCGAAGUGCCGAGGAACGUUUCACUAGGAAGGAAGGCAAUGCUUUGCAGGUUGCUCAACAGGAGAUCACAAAACUUGUUGCUGAAUUCGAUUUGGCUCUUGAAGAAUCAGUCAAUGUUGAAUCAAAUAGUCGCACGAUCUUGAAGGCAAUUCGUGAAGAUUUGACAGGCCAGAUCACAGAGGCAUACAGUCGCGCUGAUUGGUACAAUAAGUGGGGAAAACACUAUCUUUUAUCCCUUGCUCGGGCACACGAGUUGCAGCGAUGCACUAACUUCAAAGACCCUGGCCUUCAAAUUUAUGCCACCUCAAAAUUUGGAAUGAUUCGCGAUGAAGCAGAAGAAAUCUUUUGCAAGAUCCCGCCACCAACGCCAUCUCGAAGAGUUGAAAGCAGCCGUUUUCGGCCUGUUGCAUCCAUGUCUACGUACUAUAAUGCAGCGGCUGGGUGCUUGGCUCGAGGCAGUGUUCGUAUGGUAGAUGGCCGCUUCGUGCCAGUAAGCUCAGUGUGCCCCGGUGAUACUCUCCAGCUAGGUUCAAGAGCAGUGAAGGUGCGUUGCGUUGUCACUACAGAAUGUGACAAUGGGGUGGAAGAGUUGGUGGAGCUUGAAGGUGGCGUCUUGGUCACACCAUGGCAUCCAAUCCGAAAGAAAGGAUCUAUGAAGUGGGAAUUUCCUGCCAACUUGGGCACGGCAAAGCUCUAUUCCUGCAAGAUGGUCUACAACUUCGUUUUGUACAGUGACUGUGCUGUGCCCUUGGGUCCUUAUGAAGCAAUCGCCCUUGGACAUGGCAUCUCUGAUCCCGUUGCCAAACAUGCGUAUUUUGGAUCUAGUAGGGUCGUCCAAGACCUCCGGUCCAUGUACGGUUGGAAUCACGGUCGCGUCCACUUGGGAACCAACCCAGGAAGGCGAGAUCCUGAAACUGGACAAGUUAGUGGCUUUGUCCAGAACAUCAAUGUUUGGGAAAGUGACGGCGCUGAAAAUUCUGAAGCACCCAAUGGUCACCAGAUGCUGCGUUCAGAUCGUGUUUCUGCCUGA